AAAAUGGCUUCCAGAUCAGAGGAGGAUCUCUGCUGUCCGGUCUGUCAUGAGGUCUUCAGAGAUCCUGUUGUUCUGUCAUGUAGCCACAGCUUCUGUAAAGUCUGUCUGAAGAGCUGGUGGAGAGAAAAACAAGCACCUGAGUGUCCAGUUUGUAAGAGAAGAUCUUCAAAGGAAGAACCACCUGUUAGUCUGGUGUUAAAGAACCUGUGUGAGGCCUUCUUACAGGAGAGAGAUCAGAGAGCUUCAGAGGCUCUCUGCAGUCUGCACUCUGAGAAACUCAAACUCUUCUGUCUGGACCAUCAGCAGCCAGUGUGUCUCGUCUGCAGAGAUUCAGAAAAACACAGCAACCACAGAUUCAGACCCGUCGAUGAAGCUGCACGACAACACAAGAAGGAACUUCAGGAAACUCUGGAGCCCUUAAAGGAGAAGUUAAAGGUUUGUGAACAAGUUAAAGUGAAGUUUGAUCAAACAGCAGAACACAUGAAGGUCCAGGCCCGACACACAGAGAGGCAGAUUAAGGAGCAGUUUAAGAAGCUUCAGCAGUUUCUAGAGGAGGAAGAGGAGGCCAGGAUGGCUGCACUGAGGGAGGAAGAGGAGCAGAAGAGUCAGAUGAUGAAGGAGAAGAUGGAGGCUCUGAGCAGAGAGAUAGCAGCUCUUUCAGACACAGUCAGAGCCACAGAGGAGGAGCUGAGAGCUGAAGACGUCUCAUUCCUGCUCAACUACAAGGCUGCAGUGGAAAGAGUCCAGCAGCGCCCCCUGCUGGAUGAUCCACAGCUGCCCUCAGGAGCUCUGAUAGACCAGGCCAAACACCUGGGCAACCUGACCUUCAACAUCUGGAACAAGAUGAAGGACAUGGUCUCCUACACUCCUCUCAUUCUGGACCCAAACACUGCUCAUCCAAGACUCAUCCUGUCUGAAGAUCUGACCAGUGUGAGACGAGGAGAGAGACAGCAGCUUCCUGACAAUCCAGAGAGGUUUAAUCACUACUCUGUCCUGGGCUCUGAGGGCUUUAACUCAGGGACUCACAGCUGGGAUGUCGAGGCUGGAGACAGUAGACACUGGAUACUUGGUGUGUUAGCAGAGUCUGUUCAGAGGAAGGGACUCAUACGGUCUGGAUUAUGGACAAUAAUGUUCUCUGGAGGUAAAUACUUAACAUGGUCACCACCAGCUCCACCCACUGAUCUCAGUGUUCAGAAGAAGCUCCAGAGGAUCAGAGUGAAUCUGGACUGGAACAGAGGAAAGCUGUCGUUCUCUGAUCCUGAUACUAACACACACAUACACACCAUCACACACACUUUCACUGAGAGGAUGUUUCCGUACAUUUACACUAGUGAUGAGUUGAAGCUGUCAGCAGUGAAGGUCUGUGUGACAGUGGAACAGAGCAGUUAGAGAUAAAGAGGAUGAUUAUAUUCAUGAUGUUGUUGAUUUCUUAAAGGGAAAAGUCUCUGAAUUUAACCUGUUAAACUGCACCUGUCCUCCUGCUGUCUCA